CUGCUCGCUGCAGAUCGGCUGAGAGUGAAACCUCUCAGGACCAGAUUUAUCUGGAGGAAUCUGUCCUCAGGGCCAUUUCCAACAUGUCCUCAUGUAAAUGGUUUUCAGAAUAGUUUGAAGCUGUGAGUCUGCAACAAACCAACGUCCUGCAGCCAAUGAAAAUCGGGCUCAACAGGUGUCACACGGGUGUCACACAGAAUGCGAAGUUUGUUCUCAGUGACGCUGCUGCUGCUCCUCGCCCUGACGCUCGCCGCCGAGGCCAGCAGAAAGGCCAAAAAUCACAAAGGUGGGAAACAUGAUAAAUCCCGGCCGGCCUCAGACUGCCCCCCCGCGGACACUCAGUACGGGAAAUGUGUCCCCGAGCACGGAGACUGUGGAGACGGCCUGAGAGACGCCACCUGCAAAGACCGCACCGACAAGAUCCACUGCAAGAUCCCCUGCAACUGGAAGAAGGACAUCAGUGACUGCAAGUAUAAGUUUGGCCCGUGGGGCUCCUGCGACGCCGCCAGCAACACCAAGAGCCGGUCAGGAACCCUGAAGAGGGCGCUGUUCAACGCAGAAUGCCAAGCCACCGUCAAGGUGUCCAAACCCUGUUCCCCCAAAGUCAAGAAAGCCAAAGGGGACAAGAAGUCAAACUGACGGAUGAGAAGAGGUGCAGAAGACGGAAAGAUUCAUUUCUUUCUCCAGCUGAACAAUCGUCUUCCCUCCUUCAUCAAACUCAAACAACCGAGAGACUCCUCCAGAACACACCAACACCUUUGACUUUUGGCCUCCUUUGACUUUUAUUCUUGUUUUACUGAUUCUGAUUUGAAGUUCUUGUGUUUAUUUGGAUUAAAGUAUGUGGAAAGCUUUUCCAGAAUCCUCCCACUAGAUAAUAAUGAAUAAUUCUGUCCUCAUAGAUGAUAGUUUGUAUUAACAACAUUUCAAAUAGUCCUAAAAGCUUUUUAAGUAGCUGAAGUUCAACUAACAUCCAAGAAAUGUUCUGAUCCGCUCUGGAAACGUGUCGAUGCUGUGGGACGUCAGAGUUCUGUUUCAGAGUCUCCUUUGAAAUGUGUAAUCAUUUGUAAAGGCUUAGAUGGAUCUGUGAAGUCUGUGAGGUCCUCUAUGAAAUCUAUUUUUGAACUAUAGAUUAUUGACGUUGCAAGAUGAGACUUGUAUAAAUGAACAAAUUAAAUACUGUACAUUGUUUUGGUGAA